AUGACGACGGAGAAUGGAAGGUUAAGAAAACUGGCAUUGUGCUCAGGAAUUGCUGCUGGUAUCGCCUACUUAGGUUAUUCAGUUAUUAAAUCAGCGCUCUGUGAAAUCGGCUUUAGGUCUGAGCAGAGGAAAAAUCCAACUCAUGAGCCUGUCCUGAAGAGUGAGGGUUGUCAGACAGAUCUCAUUAUUCCAGUGACAUCACAACCAGGUCCACUGCCCAGAACUUCAGUACGAGACAGGAUCAGAGAGCUGAACCUCAAAGCUCGAGAAUUUAAGGAAGCUGGCCUUAAAUAUUCUACAAAGGACAAAUCAAAGAGUCUGCAAAAUAGUCCAUGGAAUUCUCCAAAAAUUCAAAAGCCUGUAGAUGGCAGUUCUCCUCAUCACCAGCAGAAUAGUAUACCAAAAACUUUAUUUCAAAGAGACCUGUCUACAGAUGUACUCAACGACAGUGAGGAGACUUUACUGAUUGAGCAAGUUGACACUCACCUUCCACCACUGAGAGAGCCAGAAGAAGUGCUUCAUACACAGUUAGAAAGUCUCUACAGUAAAUCCAGAAUCAUAACUUUUAAUGAAGCAAAAGGUUUAGUAACUUUAUUAAGUUCAGAUGAUGAUGAAGUGCUGGUAAAAGUGCUCACAGUAAUAUCCAAUUGUUCAGCUUACCCUACAAAUCAGGAUCAUCUUGCAGAUGCUGGUUGCCCUCUAAUACUCAGAGAUUUAAUCAUUUCUGCAGCACCGUCAGUCCAAGUAUCUGUUGUGCAAGCAAUAGCUAGCUUAGCCAAUAGUUCAAAAAACCAGGUCACUCUUCAGGUGUGUAUCCCAGUUUUGUUGAGAAAUGCUACUGAUCCAGAAGCCAGUGCUUAUUUACGAGCCCUGAGCUUAACAGCUCUUGCCAACUUGGCACUUGAGAAAGUAACUGUAGCUCCAUAUAUAGGUAAACUUCAUUCUUUAUUAAAAUUGUUCGAAGAAGGAAACACUAUCAAAAUCCAGACUCUGAAACUUUUAAACAAUCUUUCUCUAAGUCCUGCCAUGGUUCCCUACUUACUAGCUACUAAGUGCCCUCCAAUAAAUGAUAUGCUGGAUAACAAGAGUGACAGAGAUAUUACCCUCCAGCUCUUAACAUUCCUGGGCAAUGUGACAACUGUAGCAGUUGAGCAAAAACUGGGCAUACAAGAUUUACCUGCCGAUGAUAGAGCACCAUCUCCCGAGACACUUUAUUCUACUGUCUUUGGCCUUCUGGAAAAAGAUGUUAUCUCAAAGAAGAUGUUGACACUGUCAGCCAGCAGUGAUGAAGAGAUAAGUGUCAGUGCUCGGAAAGUUUAUGAUGUUUUGAGCCAGCUACAUCAGUAGAGUCUAUAAUAAAUUUAGAUGUAACUGUUUCUAGUUAACCUUUGAUGUUAUAACAAUUAAACAGGUAGAGUUUUCUGAUGCACGAGACAAGUUCUAAUUUUGAAUACUCAAUCACGUAAAAUCAUGCUUUUACUUGUUGGAUUAGGCAUAAUUUAAAGUAAAUUUUCUCCACUUAGUGGUUUUUAAAUCUAUAGUUAAUCUAUGACUUAGAAAAUCACAUGAUAUUGAUUGAGAACUGUCUCAUAGCUAAUGGUUGCUUUAUUUCCAAUUUUUAAAACCAUGAAAAUGUAUAUCUGUAAUAUUUUGUUGUUGUUAUUGUUUCAGUAGUGAAAUAAGUCAGCUCGUUAGUAUCCAAGAAUUUCACUACUAUAAACAGUAAAUAUUGGUAAGGUUUUUGGUACAUUGGCUACCAGUUAUAGAUUUUAUGUGAUCACUUUAAAACUUAUAUAUAAGCUAAGUUUUUAUAGAGAGGCUUCCUGAACUGUAAGAAUAAUUAUGCUGACUCUCAAUUCCAGAGGUAGAAAAUCUUUGAAAAUAUCUCUUAUUAGUCUUUAUUUCUCAACUUUUGAUGUUCUGUAAUAUAGAUUUCUUCGUUUGUAUGCGAGUGCUAUUUAAGAGAAAGAACCUUGACAUUUUUAGGUAAGACUAUGUUAAUCAUUGUUUCUCUUCAGGCCAAACAAUGCUAAUACUUAGCUUCAGUAAUAUCUAAAUUUCAGUUUUAUUUCUUGUACAAAUAUUUCUAGAAACAACUUUAAUCAUUGGGUUCAAGGUUAGAUCUUGUUUACAUUUCAUUGGCUUACACUCCACUUGGACAAACUAGGAUUUUCUUAUUUUGUAAGACAGUAAAGAUUGACAAAAACUUUAUGGUAUUAUUGCUGUUCAACCAUAUUAUUUACUAGAUGUACUCUCGCAGGGUCCCGAAAGUGUUCUGUUUCAGGAGUAAGUGAAACCAAAAUUAAAAGUAACAAAUAUUUGUAUUCCUUGCUUUUCAAGUUCAUAUGUAAUGCUUUGUUGUAGUCUACAGUAUGCACAAUUAUUUUCAUGAUUCAUGACAUGCACAUGUUUUACUGAUGUCACAACAGUACAAAUUGCAAU